UUCACGUUCACUGCGGCCUUUGUUUUGAAAAUUUGCAUUUGUUUGAACUAUCUCGUUCUGUGAUUGAUGGUUCCUGUAAACCACCAACAGAUAUGUGAAUUACAAAACUAAUAACAGUGUGCUUGCUCCAAGUCAAGUUCAUGUUACCGCGAGAUCACUUAGCAAGGAAACUCCAAAUUUCCUUUUGAGGGAUGAGUUUGAAUACCAAAUCGAUGCGGGACAGGACUCCAAAGUGCUCGAUUGUCCUAAGCAAUGUCUUAGCGAUCGUAUUUCGACCGACAUCAACAGUACACAACUGCGAAAAUAUUCGCAGAGACGACUCGUCUGAAAGCGGCGAUCCUAAACCGUCGCAUCAACUCAACGGAUUAGAAUUAUUCCACGAAUUCAAAGAGGCGAACAAAUCUACAAUGCUAACAAGGCUAACGGAGAGUUUGAGCGAGAUUCGGCUGAAAGGCUGGGUUUUUCCGUUCACAUUACUGAUCAAAGGACCACAUGAAGAUGUUGAAGUGAUCAAGGAGGCUUGGAGACGCCAUUUUCUCCGGAGCCCGGAUAAUUUUAUAAUCAAAGAUAUAGGCGCUGUAAGCUCUGUUGGUAUGGAAGUUAUCCAGCAAGCUCCAUUCCUUCCAUUAACCAAGUCUCUGAUGGAAACCAUAGCUGCCUUGAAUAGCAGUCAGUUGACAGCCACACAGCAAUCGAUCGCGGAAUACCUGGCAAGAACUUACCAAUACGUACACGUGCCGAAACUCAAUGUGAUUCAUGACUGCCUAGGAAUUCUGAUCAAGGAACGUAGAAUUUACCACACAGGUAAUGGAUACUUUGUGAACGGUCAUAACCCUUUUAACAAACCCACAGACGCGCCAAAAGAAAAUGGCGAGGUUCAAAGCGCGAAAGAAUCGAAGUGCGUGGCGUGUGAAGUCAUUUCAAAAGGAAAAUCAGCGAAAAAUGACAAAAGUAAGAAAAAAGGUAAAGGAAAAGUAGAGGAUAAUGUUAAGGAGAAGGAAAAAGAAAACGAGAAGAGCAGAGAGGAGGCCAAAUUGGAGCGAAAAGCUUCAGUAUCUAGCACUGAGACUAAAGAAGCCAGAGAUGGGAAGUCGUUGACGCCGCAUACACAGGAAGAGACAACAAAGCCUCCGAGUGAAACAGCGAGUGAGACAAGCAGCGAAGGAACAAAUAAGAAGCCAAAGAAACAAAAGAAAGGUGUACUCAAUCAGAUAUCCUGUUUUAUCAAAGGCAAAACCCUUUCCUCUGCAGAGGUAUCUGAAGAUACAAUACAGGAGACAAACAUUCUACCCACCUCUCCCCUUCAAGCACCGCUUGCUGGUCCAGAGGACAUGUCGCCCUCCCUCAUGAGAAACGAAAAAAGUGUUCUCCAACAACUCAGAUUUAAAAGGACUUUGUCUGCUCCGGCGGGCCAUUCACCUUUGUCUGUGCCACUUCCGAAGCUUCAAGAGUCCAACGAACGAAAACCCAAAACACCGACUCCAAAUCUCAAGGAGCUUGGCAGAAGUAAGUCCUUUUCCGCCACAGAAAAACGCCCCCAGCUUGUCAUGCGAAGCAAUUCAUUCACUGCUCCAAGCACAGCAACCAGAGUCGCUCGUCAGAUUUCGACCGAGGGUGCUCCUGUGACUUGGGACCGACCACGCCCAAGAAUGAACUACGGAGACAUCAUUCGGAACACACCAGGGAGACGAACAAUCCAUAUCUCUCAACCAAAUUCGUACAAUAUUGGAAUUAUCAGACCCAUGAAUGCGUCUCAACAGCAACCGCUAUCACGAAACAGCCCCAUCACAAGAGAAAUCCCCCGGAAGAUAGAAGGGUCACUGUCACCUUCCAGUAUCCCUCGGUCAUGCGCUUCUCCCUCGAGUGCUCCUCGUUUAAAAGAAAACUCAAAUCAUGCCCGUGUCCCUGUGAUGCGGAGCAAGUCUUUCACGGAACCAGGCGCAGUGAAGCUUCCAAACCGUCAGUUUUCCCAUCGCCAAACGAUCGGGUCACAUUAUGAGUCUCCUCUGCAGCAGCUGUUGGCGAGAAAUACCCCGGGCUACACCUCCCCUCCGAGUAAAGUCGUGCGUGUGACAACUGUUCCUAAAGGAGUCAGGUACCAUGUCCCAGCCAAACACUUACCUGCUUCGCUUAAGAGGACUACACCCGGUACGUUCGCCCGGAAGCAGCAGAAACAACCAUCAGCUUUGCCUCAGAGCGGAACUCCUCGAGAGAAACCACCGCCACGCACCGAUUUCUCUUCGCCUAUCUUCUAUGAUACGAGCAAACUCGCUGACAAAGGCAAAAAUUGCUUGAAUAAUGGCAAUGUAAAAAAUGCUGGCGGAGAAGCCAAGUUUCAGACUCCAGUCUCUCAGCCAAACUGCACUUUUCAGCAAGCCCGCGGUGCACCAUCAAAUGGUGUCAGCAGUGAAUACAUUUGCAUAGAAGAGAUGUCGUCAACAUCAGCUUCCGAAUUAACUCUAACUGAAGAGAGUGACAGGUGCACGGAGACUAGGAACGAAAAUGAAGACAGAACACAGGGCCUUUACAAAAAAAUCACUGAGGAUACUGUUAAUGAUAGUUUAACAUUUAUUGGUAUUAUUUAGUAAAUAUUAAGGCUGGUACUGAUACUUGAAGCUAGAAGUGAUUGCAGUUUUUUAUCAAAAAAGAGGAAUCGACUAGUUAAUCAUGGGGAAAAAUACAUCUGUCGUGUUCCUAUGGCACGUUGUGCCAACGAAGAUUAUUUUUGCCUUCUCGGAGAUUUGCUGAAUUCGACGCGAGGUAAAAAAUAAUUAAAUUCGAUGAUUUUGUAGUCUGAUAGAAUUUAGUACGUCAAAUUUUGUAUUCAAAUGAAAUGAUUUAGGUUUCUAGAGAGGUUUAUCGGUAGAAAAAUAGAGAAUAUUCUUAAAAUGAUUUUGAAAGUGAUUUUUUAAUGAUUCUUGUAGAAGCUUUUUUGGGAAAUGGCGAUGAUGAUAAUAGACAAAAGGAGCACAUUUUUAGAAAAUUUUGAAAACAGAUAUUUGAUACUAAAGUAAACUACGGUAGAUAUCAUAAAUGCUGCAACCUGAUUGGCUAAACUAUACUUGUUAUCUAUUCUAUGAUAGACAGGGGAAUACUGGUAAGAAGCAAAACAGCGUGCGGUUGUAAACAAAAUGAAAAAAGAUAUGAGCCUGUCGUAUUUAUAAGUUUUGAAAGACUAGCAGAUUUAAAGCAAAGAAUUAGAUCAUUUGCUCUCGAUUUGUAUACGUAAUAGUUGCUUCUUUCUUCGCCUUCGUCAGCCCUACACAAUAGAAAUCUUGAGCUCGUUAAACAUCAGUAUUAACUGAAGUUGCUUGUCACAGUUGUAGAAGGCAAAAUAUAUUGUCAAAAAGA